UCCUGACCAGGUAGAAAAAGCAUAUUAAACUCAAAAAUCCUUCUUGAAAUUAUCCAAAAAAAAAGAGAAAAAAAGAAAUUGAACCCCAUUUCUCCAACAAGAAUUGGGUUUGAAACUCUGAAUUUUGAUGCAUCACUACGGGCCACAAACAGUUGAGAGACGACAAAUAGCCGGCGGCUCCCGACCCGGAUAAACGGGUCGAAGUCGGGUCUGGCAUGAAACUGUGUGAGAGAACAGAGGAAGUGGAGCUUCUUAAGCAGUUCUCUUCUGCGUGUUCUUACUAUGGAAGCAAAAGCCCAAGCAUCCAUUAAUAAGUAUGCAGCUGAUAUUUCUUCGAUAAAAGCGGCAGAAGAACGCAUCAGCCCUUACGCGUACAAAACUCCAGUCUUGUCCUCAGAAACUCUGAAUUCUAUCUCUGGAAGAAAGCUUUACUUUAAAUGUGAAUGUUUUCAGAAAGGCGGAGCGUUCAAGUUUAGAGGGGCCUGCAACGCCGUAUUUUCACUUACAGAUGAUGAGGCAGCUAAAGGGGUUGUAACACAUAGCAGUGGUAAUCAUGCCGCGGCACUUUCUUUGGCUGCAAAACUACGAGGAAUUCCGGCACACAUAGUCAUUCCAAAAAAUGCUCCAAAAUGCAAAGUUGAGAACGUCAUGCGGUACGGUGGUCAGAUUAUCUGGAGUGAGGCUAAUGUGCAAUCCAGGGAGGAGGUUGCCGCAAAGGUUUUACAAGAUACCGGUGCUGUUCUUAUUCAUCCGUAUAAUGAUGGGCGCAUCAUAAGUGGACAGGGAACCAUAUCUCUGGAGCUUUUGGAGCAGGUUCCUCACAUUGACACCAUCAUAAUUCCCGUAAGCGGAGGUGGCUUGAUUUCAGGGGUGGCAUUAGCUGCCAAAUCCAUUAAUCCUGCAAUCAGGAUACUGGCUGCCGAACCAAAGGGGGCCGAUGAUGCUGCUCGGUCCAAAGCUGCAGGCAGUAUUGUAACUUUGCCCGAGACCAAGACCAUCGCUGACGGUCUUCGAGCUUUUCUUGGAAGUCUCACAUGGCCUGUCAUUCGAGAUUUGGUGGAUGACAUCAUUACUGUCGACGAUCAAGAGAUAGUUGAAGCAAUGAGACUCUGCUAUGAAAUCCUGAAAGUGGCCAUAGAGCCAAGUGGAGCGAUCGGCCUUGCUGCCGUUCUAUCCAACAGUUUCAGGAAUAAUCCAGCUUGGAACGACUGCAAAAACAUCGGCAUUAUACUCUCGGGUGGCAACGUGGAUCUAGAUGUGCUCUGGGAAUCCAUAAAUAAAAGAGUAAGAGAGCAAGACUAAAUUCAUCCAUGUUGAAAGGUUCAUCCAUGUGCUCUUUUUUCUGAU